CCCAAUUCCGUCCCCACGCCUCGCAGGACGCUAUGCGUAUAUGACUGUUGCGCCACUGCGAAGGUGUUAUUUGUAUCCACAUUGGUCAUGGAGGGUGCCAACGAGAACGCGAUGAUGAGGCCAUCGGGUCUUCGAAAGCCCAAUCCUAUCAAAAUGCCACAGUCCCCCUCUAGAGGCCUCAGCGAGAUAUCGGAAUCCCAGAGCAAUUCAAGAAUGCUUCCACCACCGGCGCCAGGACAACCCAACGGCCUCAAGCACAAACUUACCGGAGGCCCAGAGCCAAUGCCAAAACAACGCAAGACUUUGGCCGAAAAGGCUGGAGAACCCAUCGGCCGUACCAUAGCAGCACCUCCCAGCGCUCGACCCGUGAGCACUUCAGUCAGCAAGACUCUCGCCCAGUCGGCCUCUCGUGUACCAUCCGCAUUGACGCGCACCGCCUCAACAUCAAACUUUGGGACCAGUGUGCCUUAUGGGUCUCGAGUGCCGUCCGCUAUGUCUGCUAUGAAGAGCUAUGGUCGCCCGCAAACAUCAAAUUCACAUCAUCGGAGCGCAUCCCACAACAGUGUACAACGCCCAGCUACGGCUCAAGCGCAACGUUCUGCUAGUGAGGAGAGUGCGGCUCUAAAGGAAAAAGAGCAAUGGGAUUACGAGAGUCGAUUCCAGACGAUAGAAAGUCAGUUCCAGAACAUGGCAAAGAAAGUGGAGGGUACUAUAUCCGAGAAGGAAGGCCUCCAGGAAUCCAUCAAUCAAUUCAAAAACAAGAUUAGCGAGUUGGAAUCAAUUCGACUACAACUCACCACCAACAACACCCGGUUACAAACUGAACUAGACGAGUAUCGAGGAAAGCUCUCGAGUGCCACCCUAGCGCUUGAAGAGUGUAGACGAGCCCAUUCUUUUGAAGUUGACGAUCUACGCCGAAAGCAUCGUAAUACUACCGAGGACCUUCGAGACGAGCAUCGACGUGAACUAGAAAAGAUACACAAGGAAAACGACGGUGCUGCUGAUAAAAGCCGAAAGGAUUUUGUAAUAGAGGUCGAGAAGCUCAUCAAGCUGCACCAAAAUGAGUUAGCUGAACUGCAGCGUAAACUCAAAGUGGAGGUCGAGGAAGAGAAGAGUAAGAGGGCACAGGAACUCGAGGAACUACAAAAGCAAUGGGCUUCGAAGUUGCACGGCGUUGACAUUGACCUGGAUGCCAAGGAAAGAGAGGCACAGAAGGUCAGAGGGGAGCUUUCUAUUAUCACCACGGACCUGGAACGGGAACGACUUCUGAAGACCUCACUACAGGAAAAGCUAUCCGAGGCCACUGGGAACAACAUUACCCUGGAAGCUGCCAAUCGGGAAAUGAAGGCAAAGAUCGACUUCCUUGAAUCCGAUAACCAAGCUCAGUCGAACUCCUUCGCGGAGCUUCAUCGCCGCAUGCAAGAAGCGAUAGAAUCCGCAGCUCAAGCCAAUGAGAAACUCCGAGUCGAGGAGACUCUACGCCGCAAGCUACACAACCAAGUUCAGGAGCUCAAGGGCAACAUCAGAGUCUUCUGUCGUGUCCGACCAACCUUCGCAUCCAGCGAAACUGAGCCGGCAAACAUUGCCUACCCUGAUUGCGAAACCGACAGUAAAGAGGUGGCAGUUCGAGGCCCAGAGCAGCGCACCGCUCUUGGUAACGUCACCACGUCCAACAACUCGUUCUCAUUUGAUCGUGUCUUUGGCCCAACGUCGCAGAAUGCGGAGGUUUUCGAGGAAAUCAGCCAGCUUGUCCAGAGCGCGCUGGACGGAUACAAUGUGUGCAUAUUCUGUUACGGACAGACAGGCUCUGGCAAGACUUAUACCAUGUCUUCGCCUGAUGGCAUGAUUCCACGAGCAGUUCAGCAGAUUUAUGCCGAGGCAACUCGGCUUGAAGAGAAGGGUUGGAAGUACAGGAUGGAGGGCUCGUUUGUUGAGGUCUACAACGAGAACAUCAACGACUUGCUUGGCAAAUCUGAGGACUUGGACAGGAAGAAGCUAGAAAUUCGACACGAUACCGCUAAGAAACAAACGAUAAUUACGGAUGUCACGACUGUUGAACUGGAUGGCCCUGACAGGGUUGACGAGAUGCUCAAGCGAGCCAGCAAUAAUCGCAGUGUAGCAGCUACGAAAGCAAACGAACGAUCUUCGCGGAGUCACUCGGUGUUCAUUUUGAAGUUGGUCGGCGUGAACAGCAUCACUGGUGAACGAAGCGAAGGCACACUCAACCUGGUCGAUCUGGCGGGCAGUGAGAGACUCGCACACAGCCAGGCGCAGGGUGAGCGCCUGAAGGAGACACAGAGUAUCAAUAAGAGUCUUAGCUGUCUUGGAGAUGUCAUCAACGCGCUAGGAAGUGCAAAGGAGAACGCACAUGUUCCUUACCGGAACAGCAAGUUGACCUAUCUCCUUCAGUAUUCUCUCGGUGGAAACUCGAAGACCCUCAUGUUCGUCAUGGUCAGCCCUGACCAGGCCCAUCUCCAGGAAACAAUAACGAGUCUCAAGUUUGCGACCAAGGUUCACAACACUCACAUCGGUACUGCUAAGAAGCAGACCAAAACGAAGGACUAACCAAUACAUCCCGGAUUUCUCUAUUGCAUAAAUAUUCAUGCACGCCACUUCUGGUUACGGUGGGGCCUGGAGGUUGUUGGGUAGAUACCCUCACACAUGGCAUAUGAUGUAUCUUUUUUCCUCGACAUGGACUAGCGAAAGUCUUACUGGCUUGCUUCGUGUUCGAGGGCGUUUUCUCUGAGCGGCAUUUUUGAGUUUUCAUGAUCAUUGGCGGGCGUUUUGGCUAUGGCAUAUUACUCUGUGCCUCGAUGGCGUUUUGGGGGUAAAUCUGACUACAUUGAAUGCAGUCUCUUGUUCGUUCUAGUGCUGAAAUCCACCGAUGCUGAAGGGUGUUGACUCGAUGUUGCUCAUUUACAAUUUCCAUUGUAUCGUGCUUCACCUCUAUGCCUCCUACCUGGGGCCGCG